UAAAAUAAAAAGCCAACGUAAGUUGCUAUUGAACAUGCGUUGAUGAAAAUGCAUAUGUAUGAGUAUGUAUGUAUAUCAAAAAAGAUUGUAAAUAUAUACAAUUGUAAUGAUAUUUAUCACUAUUGCUAUAUAUUUACGUUUAUUUGCGAAAAUAAAUUGAAAGUACGAGAAUGAAGGCAUUCAUGAUAGUCCUGUCUACAAAAUUAUCGCUUUUCGUGAACAUUUAUUUCAAGUUAGAAUAUAAAAAACAACGAAACAGGAAAGAACAUUACAGAUAUCGUUUUAGUAUUAUAUUUCUAUUGAUAGUACCCAAGUCUUUUUUUUCUUCUAGACCAUCAUCGUCAUGAAAUUAGAUAAUUUUUUUUUAAUACUUUGCGUGCUACUAAGCAUUAUAAAAUCCAAUGGUAUUAUCGAUUUCAAUUGUGGCUACACCCAAAAAUUAAAAUCAGAUGUUAAUUAUUAUGUGAAUAAUCCUGAUUUUCCUAAUUAUUACAUGGGAGAACAUAAUUGUCGGUGGAGUGCUAGGAGCAAUACUCGGAUUAAAUUGAAUUGCACAGUUUUCGAUGUUCCUCCGAGUUCGAAUUGUUCAUUGGAUUUUAUGAAAGUCAAAGUCGACGAUGACAUCGAGUACGUUUUCUGUGGAUUAAAUUCUUUUGCAGUGGAAUCAAUAGCAUCGAAAAUGACUAUAAAAUUCCAUUCGAGAUACAAUACUUAUGGAGGCAAAUUUCGAUGUAAUCUCAGAUCAGUCAAAGAGAAAUGUAGAUGUGGUUGGAAGAAUCCGUCGAGAAUCGUAGGUGGUGUUGAAACAGGAGUGAAUGAAUAUCCUAUGAUGGCUGGUAUAAUACAUCUUGCAACACGUUUUCUCUAUUGCGGUGCAACUAUAAUAACUCCGCAACAUGUAUUAACGGCUGCUCAUUGCGUUGCGAGGUAUAAAAGGAUUUUAUAUAUUCUAGGAGUUGUUGUUGGAGAACAUAAUACAUGGACAAUUAACGAUACAAAGGCAACUCAACUUUAUCUUAUUGACGAUAUAAUCGUACAUCCGAAUUAUAGGCCAAAAUUAAACGAUUUAGCUGUUAUUAAAUUGCAGAAGAGGUUAAAAUAUUCUAUGAGAAUUGGUCCAGCUUGUCUUCCGUUCUAUUACAUGCAGCGAAAUUUUAUAGACACUGUUGUUACAGCUGUAGGAUGGGGUCUUACGAAUUUUUAUGGUGUCAAGUCUGAAGUUUUGAGAAAAGUCGAUUUGCAUGUAGUUUCAAUGAAGAAAUGCGUCAAGUAUCACUUUUUGGCUACACCUAAGCAACUUUGUACAUUUGAUACAGGAAAGGAUGCUUGUCUGUUCGACAGUGGUGGUCCAAUUUUAUGGCAAAAUCCAAGAAAUAAUCGUAUUUUCCUUCUUGGAGUCAUCAAUUAUGGUAGAACAUGUGCCGAUGCAGCUCCUGGUGUUAAUUUGAGAGUCACUAGUUAUUUGGAUUUUAUUAGAAGGUCUACACCUGGAGAAACAUACUGUCAGACGUAUUAAAGAAGAAACAGAUCAGAUACAUAUUAUAUAAGAAGACAAAGUUUCAAUGACAAAUAUGUUUUUUCAUUUAAGUAUUAAGUAAAUAUCUUAACACGGAAUGUAAAAUGGAUUUAUUUGUGACGAUCGUACGAGUAUAAUCUGCAUUGCGCUUAAUAAUCUCGGUCAUCUGUUUAAAGAUCCGAGAUGCAAUAGAGUUUGAAAACUGCACGAUAGAAUGUAACACUUACUCUACUUACAAGUGGGAAUUGAACAUUAAUUCAAAUCAAAGCGCUUAAUAUGAAAUUUACAAUCUUUACUUCUAAAUAAAUUUAAAAAACUCUGUGAUUGAUCAAGAAAGAUUUAAUUUAUUGCUCGGAUGAUUUUGAUCUUAACUGUGAUUCUAUAUCUUUAUGAUUCUAUUUUUUCAAUAUCUACAUUAAAUAUAAGAUAAUAAUUCUUGGCAUUCAAGGACUUUUUCGCUCGGAUAAACUAGCAACUCGAGACGAUUUUGGUUAUAUUAGGCAUUUAAAUUUUUUAUAAGUAUUUUAAAAUGAUUUAUAUUAAAACAAACGUAUACAAAUUUCAAUAAUUUAUUUAUUUCAACGUUUUACAAAACAAAAUCUGUUAAAUAUUACAUUC